GUUGGUACUACAAACAUCCGAACAGAACUUGAACUCAUCACAGCGCCUGAAUCCGACCUGAGAAGACGGUUGAUGUCGGUGUUGUGACAAGUGCCUGCAAAUCUCCCCAUGGAGAACCCCGCAGAGGCCGAGGACCGUAAUCCCCACACCUUCUCCCAGGUGGUGUUCACUGACACCCCGUACUCAUACCCGCCUUCAAUCCCCGGAAUCACCUGCUGCUACACCCUCACUGCUGCCUUCCAGCCGAACCCCAGGGACUGGGUGGGCAUUUUUAAGGUGGGGUGGAGCUCAACAAAGGAUUAUCAUACCUUUGUUUGGGUGGAGCCAUCUCUGGAUGUGGUAGGGCAAGAGUCAGCCAACAGGCAAGCUUAUUUUAAAGAGUACUACCUGCCUAAAGAUGAGGUCGAGUUCUACCAGUUCUGCUACGUGAACAGUACUGGUAAAGUGCGAGGAGCCAGCACUCCUUUCUGUUUCAGAAGUCCAGAGGAGCAAAGCAUGGAGGGCAGCGUGGAUGAUGACCUCCUGGUUAUUACAACACAGGAGCAGUUGGAAAAGGGCGUACAGGAGAAAUCUAAUCUGCAGAAAAAGCUGGAUCAGAUAAGGAAAGAAAACAAAACCUUAGAAAAUGACCUACAGAAGGAACAGCAAGAAGCUGCCAGCUUAAAGGAGCAGAAUGAUCAGAAAGAGAAAGAAAUGAGUCAACUGGUCAAACAAAUGGAUCAAAUCAAGGGAGAAAAUGACAACUUACUGAGCACCUUACAGCAGCAGGUGAAAGAAACGGGCAACACAAAGGAGAUGUUGACCCAAAUGACAAAGCAGAUGGAGACGCAGCAACAUGAAGCCGCCGUGCAGAAAGGACGUAGUCAAAGCCUGAGUUUGGAUGGAGAAUCAAAGCAAAAUGAGAAAUACAACCGAGCUGUGAUAAAGAUCAACCAAAUGAAAGAGGAGCGCGAGGAGCUGAACAGGAAGAUCAAUGAUCAGAGUGCAGAGAUUUCCACGCUAGAAUCUCAACUCAGAGGAACUCAAAGGGAACUGUUAAAGUUGAAAGACAACGACCAGCUUCUCCAGGUUGACCUUCAGAGCAAUGAGAAAGAGAAGCAGAGGCUCUCUGUGGAGCUGCAAAAGCUGCAAAGCCUCACACACAACAUGGACGACCUGAAGAGGGAGAACCAGGAGUUACACAAGAGGCUGUCGCAGCAGGAGACUCUGCAGAACUGUCCUGAGGACGAUCUAAGGGAGAAGUGUCAGACUCUGGCCACCCAGCUACAGGAAGUUCAGCUGCAGCUCGUGUCCAAGACAGAGGAAGCCAAAAAAAGUGUGAGACAAUCUGAGUUUCUGGAGAAAGAUCUACUGGAAGUCAGGGAACAGUCGGAGAAGAUUAUCAAAUCAUUGGACAAGGAACAACGGAAAAGUAACAAAAUAGAGCUACAGCUCGCAGAUGCACAUGCAGCAAUCGCAGAUAUAGAGGGCAUUGUAGAGGACAAGGAAGAUAUGAUCAUGCUGCUAAGACACGAGAAAGAAGGGCUCCACAAAGAAAACCAGAGUCUUAAUAAUGAUAUCGAUGGGCUGCGCAGAGUUUAUGACGAACACCACUCAGUACCCCCCGCUGACUUACCGUCCAGGCAGCCUGAGGCCCCCCCACGCGCUGCCUCUGCAUCACCCACCGACAACUGGCAGCCGCAGCAGGACACACCUGAAGUGCAUGUGUACGACACCAUAGAAAAUGCAUACUCUUUCCCUCCAGGAAGGGCUGAAGACACAGAGCAGGAGCAGGUGCUGGUGUGUCGUCACUGCCAGGAGAGCUUCCCCGGCAUAACCCAACACGAACUGGAGCAGCACGAGCGGAGUCACCGAUUGUGUCCCUACUGCACGUUGAUCUGUGACAACAUGGAGCAGGCGGAGUUCGAAGAUCACGUCUACGGCCACGAGCUGUGAGAAACGGCUAGAGAAAGAAAACCUCUAACAAGAUGGGUGGUCAUGUGUAAAAGGACCAUGUUGAUAUUUUCUCUACACAUCUCCUGUGUAUCAACUUUACUAUAGAUCAUUUAUCAAAGCAUACUUACGCUUUCUGAAGGGUUCUUUCCAUUCGUUAAUGUCCAGCAUGCAGAUAUAAGCAGCUGCUAAAGACAUGAAUCCUACCUGAUUUACAGCAUCUAAUCCAUCAUGUCCUCAUUUAUUUGGGGAAAAUGUUAUAUCCUGACAUGCACUUAAAAGUAAACUUCCCCAGAACUGGGCAACAUUUGAAAUAUUUAGAUAACAGGUUUUCGUCUAUUAAUACCGGAAUCCCAUAUUCUUAUUUAAGAAUGAAAGCCAAAGUUCUUAAAUGUUGAAUGCUGUCUAAGCAUAAAUCAGAUAUGUUUUGCCUAAACAAAAGUCUUAAAAACACUGGGGAGUAUUUUUCUCGUAACCUUUUUUUUUUACUUGAUUUUGAAGCAUAUCUCAGGUGUUUUUUGCUUCCUAUAUUACUCUGAAAUUAUAAUUUAUAUAUAAUAUAAAGUCCCUAAUAUGCUAUUGUAAAAUCCAUUUUUGGAUUAAAUCUGAUAAUGUAUGAUUUAACUUUUUCAUCAUAGAAGAAAUAAAUGUUAUGAUCACUGAUGUUUUGGACAAAGGGAGAUAAAAAAGAACUGAUGUUUGGAACCCAGCCCUUACAAACCUCCAUAAUAAAAAGGUAUAAACAUUAAAGUAGACAAUUGAAGGACUUUCAAACCUUUGAGAGGUGAUUUUCAUAUAUUGUACUAAAAUAAAUGACAACCAAAUAAACAGCAGUAAGGUAUUCAUGACUUUCUGUAAAAAAGGCCAAAACAUGCUUAAACAAUAGACCGUUCCAUUGGGUUGAAUAAAUCAUUAAAAUGUCAUUUUAAACUUCAUAUAUGUAUUCACCACAAUUCUAUAUUUACAGUAUAGCAUUGCACUUAUCUUUAAGAGAAAAUUGUUGAUCUAGUAUAACCAGAUCGUGCUGAUUGAAACAUUUUAUUCACCUUCUGUUGAUUUGAUUUUAAGGGUGUAUGGCAGAAUGAGUUGUUGAUGCGAGGUUGAGCGAUGUGAAUGUUUUGAAGGAUCAAUUCAAUUUAAUAAAGCGCAUUUGAAUAUUCUGCUGACGUAAUAAAAACCAAAUGGAAAAAAUG